UUUGAUGGAUGGAAUGUCCCCCUCCUUGGGAUAGGGGUCCCAGACUCCCAGUUAUAGGCAGGGCCCUGCUGCAUCUCUUCCACUGUCUGUUCUAGGGAAACAAGACUCGGUGAAUGACAGACAAGUCAUGUCAUGUGAAUUAUUUGCCCGGGGUCCUUUAGUAAAUAAGCUCAGGAGGACACACCCACAGCACAUAGGGACACACCCAUACACAGAUCUAGAACACUGAGAGCAGAGAUACAGUGGGAGCUGCACUGCCCGGGGGAAUAAUAGUCAGACCCACCCAGGAGUCAGCGGCAGCUGCACAGACAGGGCGUGUAAUUAACUCAGGGGGCAACAGGGGGAGCAGUGGUCCCUCCCAUUCUACCCGAAGGCUGUCACUGGGGCUGUCUCACAAUCUCACACUCUCACUCUCACACUUUCUCCGGAGCAGCGCUCACAGCCUGACACCAUCUGCACUGGCACAUCUGUACUGACUGCCACCUGGCACCUCACUGAGACUGGAAACCAGUAGAAGACUGAUUAGACCUGGUGCCCAAACUGCACAGAAAGCUGCACACUGGCAGCACCUGAGCUGUACAAAUAGCUGCAACUAGAUCUGGCAUCACAUAAUACCUGGCACAAACACCUGGGCACCAACCAACGCUGAGUUGAUACCUUGAAGACCCCACUGAAAUUUGGCAUUCUCGACUUGGCACUCCAAGGGCAAUUGUUGUUGGCAAUCCAAAAGACGGAUGUUGUGAAUACUGACAUUCCCCUGUACCCAGAACAGGCACCAACUUCACUAAAGGGCAAGGCUGGUACCCGCCUGGCACUGAGAGGUUGGUACAGGAGCUAGCACUAAAAGUUGAUCCCUAAGCUCAGAGCUGGCAUCUGAUUGAAAGUGAGCACCCCCGGGAAUUGAGAGGUGGCAUCUGAGUAUACUGAGUUGGCACCCAGGCUGUACAAGGCCUGGCAUCUCUCUAAGAGCUGGCACCAUGCUGCCCUGGAGGAGGAAAGGAAAGUUUGUGCUGGCACAGAAAGAGCAGGAGGGCAAAGCAUUAAGUUACCCCAGGCUGCUGCCCUCCUUCCUGCGCUCCUGUCCCGAUCUUCUACCCAAUAUCUCCGGGCAGUGCCUGGGCACGGUGUUCAGGAGGAAGCGGCAGACGGUGGAGCUGACCCGGGAGGAGCCCAGUGACAAGGUGCGGUACUUGGGCAGUGCGGUGACCCUGCGGGCCCAAGGGGAGGGCUGCACGGCGGAGGCGGUAGGGCAGAUCUGGGAGCGGAGCGGGGGUGGAAGCCGGGGCCCCAGGGUGAAGCUGUCGGUGAGUAGUGAAGGCAUCAGGGUGUUCCCUGGGAAGGGCAAAACUGCCAACACUUACCUUCUGCACCGAAUCACCCACUGUUGUACCGACAGCGCCCACCCCCGGCUCCUCUGCUGGGUCUACAGGCACCAAGUCCGGCACAAGGCGGUGGUGCUCCGGUGCCAUGCGGUGCUGCUCCCCAGGCAUGAGAAAGCUGCGGCCCUGGCACUGAGACUUUGCCACAUCUCACGGGCAGCCUUUUGCGACUUCAAGCGACUAAAGAGGCAGAACGACUACAGGAGGGGGCAGCAGGAGAGGCUGGGGCAAAGUGUUGUGCCCUUGGUGCCCCUAAGGAAGAUACUGAAUGCCAGGUGCUAUUAUCAUCCCCGGGAGGUGAGGGGCAGCGGGGCACUGGGGCUGAGCUCAAUCCAAGAGGAAGAAGAGGAUGAGGACGAAGAGCAGAAUAGCCCAGGGAGGACAUGCGAUCAGGGCUCCCACAAUUUACUGGAGAACAAUGAGACCAUGUUGGACUUGGUUCAAGAGCUGAGGAGGUUGAGUAUCCAGAGAGCCCUCACCCAGAGUCUCAACUGGACCUUCAGCCACCCAACCUGUGCCAUUGACUGGAAACAUCCUAUGAGGACUAUGUGCUGACACCUGGAGAUCCCACCUUCCAUCUCAUACUGACCUUCCAUCUCAAUUCCUAAUCCUUCUCAUCACAUGGAAUAUGUGGGGUACUCCUACUUUUAGAGCACAUGCCCACCCCACAAGGACCUUACAAUCAGGGGACAUCUGAGGGCCCUAUGAAGACUGCUGACUGUUCACAAGGAGUAUCUGGAAUGCAACCUUUUGCCCCAAUUUUCCAUGGACACUUUUAUGGCAGAAGUACCUUUCAAGGACACACCCAUGACUUUUUACCUAUCUGUUCAGUGGGGAGCACCGGGGUGGGGGGUCUUGGUGUACCAAAGCUUUUCAUCACCUGUUUCAGUUCCAUCAGCCAAACAAUGAAGUCAUUAAGGUGCACCUCACCUUAUCUUUCCAACAUGUGGUCUGUUUUUAAAGGGGUUUCAGGACUGUAACCCAAUCCUCCAUGAACACAUGUCCUGUCCCCAUUCUAUUGACCUUACAGUGACUGGAGGAACUGGAGCGCAGGAUGGGGGGUGGUGUGAGAUUGGGGGGCAGUAACCCCCCGCUGGUUCAUUCUCCAGGAAGUCUAGUGUCUGUCCCAAAGACUGAAGAUGUUGCCACUCUCCUCCCUUUUUCUCAAUGCCCAGUCUCACCAUGUCAAACUGCCACAACAAAUGAUUGACAGUUGACCCCAUGCUGUGUGUCCCAUUGCACAGACAGGAAUAGGCUUUUAUCUGUUACUCAUUAUUCAGCUGUUUCUGGCAAAGGCUGAUGCCCCUCGUUGUGCCAACACUUUAUGGAACAGAAGCCAUUGUGCCGUCUUUAUAGGUUUACACAAAGUUUAUAUUAUUUCAUUCAAUUAAUUUUUUAUUGGAGGAAACCUGCCUGGACUUGUUUCAUAAGGAAAAUGCAUUAAAGGGGCAGUCACACCAAAAUAAAAUAAUGUUGUACUUGUAA